UCCAUGUUUUAAAGUUGUUCUUUGCCAAAUCUAUUCAUUUCCCAAUAUAUUUUUGGCUAAAUACACUUGUAUAUCCAAAAACACUGUUAAAGAAUGUGAAAGAAUUGGAUAUAAGUGGUAUUUCAGGAAAUUUGGAUAUUAUUGGCACACAUCUGAAAGUUUUGGAUAUACAAGUGUAUUUAACCUAUUUGGAUAUGAUAGGAAGGUUGUUUUAUUUUCUUCGUCGUAUCCAAAAUUGUAAAAAAAUGUUAGGAGCAUUUGCUCCCCCACACCUCCAUCUAUACACCAACGGUUCAUAAAUCGGGAAGGGGGAAAAAACAUAUAGCACGUGCCUUUUCUUCUGAUUAAUCUUUUCCAUUUCCUCCUAAUUUUGAUUAAUCCACUUAUGAUCGUUGUCAUGACUCCUAAUUAUAACCACAGUGGUCCACUCUCCACAACAACUAUCGUUUUCCAAAUAUAAGUGCAAUUUGUUUUCUUUUCUCUCCUACUCCAUCUCUAAAACCUAUCAUUUUCUUCAGUUAAUAUGCCACCCGAUUAUCAAAUCCAAUCGAAUCGCCCCCACUUUGACAAACAAAACCAGACAACGCCGACUAAACACCAAAGAUCAACUUCAUAAUAUAAUUAAUCUUUCUGUUGUUAUCCCAAAGGAAGGAGCUAUGAAUCUUCGAGAUAUAAUCGCUCAAAAUAUUUCUUAUUACUUCUUCUCGUGUAUGGAAGUUCUUUCUCGGUAAUUGCCUUGGUAAAAGGUUUUGUGGGGGUAACUAUUAUUCUAUGAGAGAACAUAUACUUGAGAUACGCUUUAUUGUUUAGGGGAAACUAUAUAAUCUGUGUGAAUUCUGUGUGUGUUUAGCGAAAACUAUGUAAUCUUUGUGUAUUCUAUGUGGUAGGGUGAAUGAGUCACGAGAUCACUUGUUCCUCUUAUGCUUUUACUCGUCUAGCUCUAGCCCAACAAAGACCAUCAUCCACCAUUAUGUUAUAAGUUGGCUAAAACAGAAUCGAAAAUGCGCUUAAUACAAAACAAACUAUUUCAUUCAAAACAUUAGAUAUCGAAAUAUAUGAUUAACCGUGAUACAAUCGAGCUGUGACCGGGACAAUUAGAGUAAUAACAAGUCACUCCAAUCCUCACCCCCCACUUCCCACUAUUCAAGUACUUCACUCAUCGUUAUCCUAGCACAGAGGACAAAGCCAAAAUUUCAAUACCUGAGCCAUUUUCUUAUUCAUUAAUUAAUUCCAACGUUUAGGAAGCUAGCUACAAAACCCCAGAGAUUAUGCAGAUUCAUAUCAGAAACGGCGCACCAAAACAACUGCUACACUACAAAACUCGGCCGCACUCCUACUUUAGCUUGCCUGCCUCUGUACUCUGUAGCCGACUCGUAGCCCCAAAAAACCCCAAUCCCCAUUUCCCCCUCUUCCAUAAUCAUCCAUUAAUCUAAAAAUCUCUGCUCCAACAUUGAAAAUCCAAUCCAAACUCGACCCAACCAACCGCCAAAAAACGAAGAAAAAACAACAACAGCAAAGAACCCAAUAAAGCUGCAAUUCCUUCCACCUCUGUUCCCUCUGCUCAUAAAACCCGCAGAAAUUCGCUUCAGAAUCCUCUCGUCUCUCUCUUCAUCGCUCUCUCCAUAAAAUCCCACUCCCCCUUCUUCCCCAUUUCACAUACCCAUUUCCCCACACACUUGCUCUGUUUCCUCUUCCUCUGUUUCUUCCCCUUCCACCAUUACCGAAUCUCUAGAAGGAAAAAAGGAAUCAACUUUCUUCAAUCAUGACUUCGGUGGCCGCCAUGGGCGAGACUGCAACGACGACGGCGAAGCGGGGGAUGAAACCCUUCAUCAACGGCGUCCCAAUCACCACCACCACCGGCGGAGGAGGAGCUUCCACGCACAACCCCCUGCCCCCGCCGGAGCAAGAGCACCUCCCCUGCCCGCGCUGCGACUCCACCAACACCAAGUUCUGCUACUACAACAACUACAACUUCUCCCAGCCCCGCCACUUCUGCAAGUCCUGCCGCCGCUACUGGACCCAGGGCGGCACCCUCCGCGACAUCCCCGUCGGCGGCGGGACCCGCAAGAGCGCCAAGCGGUGCCGCACCUCCUUCCACACCACCACCGCCGCCUCCUCCGCCGCUACCUCUUCCGCCGUCACCAGUCCGGCGAGAUCAGCCGGCGUCGAGGGGAUCGCUUCAUCGCAGUUGAUGCAGGGGAGGAACGGAGCGACGGCGCUGCAUUACGGCGAUCAGGCGGGGAAGGCGAAUUUCUUCUGGGCUAUUGGAGGUCCGUUGGGCCUUGGGCUUGACGGGAAGGGGAAUGGGCCUGGAUCUCUCUGUGGGAGCUUUACUUCCCUGCUGAGCAAUCCUGGGCCUGGGCUUGGAAGUGGUGGGUUUGUGCAGGGGUUUGAAGAUGUGGGCUUUGGACUGGGGAGAGGGAUCUGGCCUCUUCACGGUAUGGAGGACGGCGGCGGUGCUGCUGUUGCUGCUGGUGGUCAUUUUGGUGGUGGCAACAAUGCCGGCGGUGGUUCCGUGGGGAUGGGUGGCAUUACCGGCGGCAAUCCGUGGCAGUUCGAGAGCGGGGAGAGUGGGUUUCUUGUGGCCGGCGGUGGGGGUAAUGAUUGCCUGUCUUGGCCUGAUUUGUCAAUUUCAACUCUUGGAAAUGGACUCAAAUGAGUGGUUGUUGGGAUGUGGGUGUCUUUUUGUAAUUUGUUCGUUUUUAAGGUGGAGGAGGAAUUGUAGAAGGUGGGGUUUAAUAGUUUUUAGUUAGUGGUAAUGGUAUAUUAGCUAAUAUGAAACCAGUUAAAAAAUUAGUGGCUCUUUUAAAUUUUGGUGUUGGCUUGAAUGCUUGUGUUAAUGACUUUAGUUUUACUAGUUCAAUAUUUUUAAGGUGCAGAUUCCAUUGAACAUCCUAUAGCAGAGGCUUGCCCAAUUAUUACUCUAAAUAUAUGCAUUUUCUUGUGAUCGAAAGAACAAUUUAUAGCGACUCCUUUGCUCAUGUGGUUAGCAGAAUUGGAUCUCCAACCCUUCUACAUAUGGGCUACCAAAUGAAUGAAAUGCCUGCAACAUUUUUGUUUUUUCUACAACUACGCAAUUCACAUUCUCUUUUGAGCAUCUAAGGACUAAGGACUAUUUUGUAGGGUUCGGAAACAGUGUGGUCUGGUAUAUACUGACUAAACAAAUGAGCCAAACAAAUGAACGAUUCGGGAGAUAUGCAUUUCUUGUGAUGGAAAAGAAAAAUCGAUAGAAUAUAUAAUAUUCAUUAUUUGUUCCCUUCUUUAUUUUAAAUUUUUUACAUUUAUCUUUUAAUGGCUUUUCAAAUGUGUUACAUUGAAUUAAACAUAAAAUUUUGUUUGAUUUUUUCAUAAUAAUAUUUCCCGAUGUUAAUUUAAUCUUCACAAGAAAUGGAUAUCUUACUUUUGGUAAAUACAAUUCUGAAUGUUAGAUAUUGAGCAUGAAUGAUAACUGUUUUGUUGAGAAAUAAAUACUUACUUAUAAUAUCAUAAACUUACAUUAAAAGA